AUGGAUUUCGCUGACCGCCUCGGCAGCGAGCUAGGUCAGCUCGGAACUUGGGGUGUCCUGGCCGUGGGCGCCACAAUGGGCUCAGUUGUCACUUGUGGUCUGCUCACCGUGGCAUGGCACCUGUGGAGUCUCUUUGAAACACCCUUCGAGGAGCUAUCCAUGGAAGCGGAUGACUUGGUGGAGGAGUACAAUAUGCAGAGGCAGCAGAGGUCGCUUCCGGCACGCCCGGCCGCGGACGUGGAGCUCGGACAACUCCUUGGGAAAAGCAGCAAGGCAGUGCGCCGUGAAACGUGCUCCAGGACCUCGUCGGGUGCGAGACGCAGCGGGUCAGAGCUCCGGGAAGCCGGGCCAGGGCGGCGCAAGCCGGCUGCCGGCGAGGCUCCAGCAAAGAGCUCGAUGCUCGCCACUGCAGGCCGUGGUCGUGGGAGGGCCAUGGCACCGCCCCGAGACUCGAAGUGGCUGCUGUUUCUCGGCGAACGGGCUUUAGAUGUUGGUAAAGACAUGUGGCAUGCAGCCUUGAACUAUUGCUGA